AUGCCUUCGAACAGAGGUGACAAAACAAGUGGUACUCCCGUCGUAGCCGUGUCGAGUCCCAAGGCUGACGAAACGCCGCUUGUUCUCAGCUACAACGAAAUAUUAUUCAUGAUCGGAUCGACACCUGUCAGGCCGAUAGCAUGUUCUCAGAGUUCUACUCUCGACUCGGAGUCACACGCGGGGGUGCGCUCAGACCUCUUCAAUGGUCCUCUGGAGGAGACACUGAUCACGGACUUUUUCAUCGGCUCAGCGCAGGCGGAAGUCUUGCCCUGUGCGAUCGACGAGCCUGUCUUGGAACGCGACGCUCAGCUUACUUCCUCCGCCGAUCCCGAGGACAAUUCUGACAUACCAUCCCGUGGACUUCUAACAGAAGCAGCAAACGGUUCUACUGCUGGAGCACGCCUUUCAGCUCAUCACUCAAUCCGGGAAGUAAACUUGGUGGUCAUGACCAUCGCAGCGUCUCACAGUUCGCAUGGUACAUGGGCCGCGGAGGCCGGGGAACUCAGGGCAUGGCCAUCUAGCUUGCUGGCUUAG